CGGGUUGAGCCCAGGAGGUGCGAGGAGGCGGCGUUUCCGGCCGCCGUCGCUGUCCGGGGAAGCUGAGGCGAGAGGGAGCUGUCCGGGUGGGAAGUCCGCACUACUUUCUUCCUCUUCCUCCUCCUCCGGGUGAGGGGAGCGAAGAUUGGGGCUCCGACCCCAUGGACCGGGAGGAGGCGGAGGCUCCCGAGAGCCUGGGCCCCUCUGUGUGGCCCUGAGCCCGGUGGACUGAUUCUGCCUGUCUGGAAGGCCAUGGAGAAGAGACUGGGAAUCAAGCCAAGCCCUGCUUCCUGGAUUUUAUCAGGAUUUUGCUGGCUGACAUCUGUGAAGUGGUUGAGAAGCCUGUACCCGUUUUAUACCUACUUCUGCUUCAGUGCUCUGUGGUUGUCAACAGAUGCCAGUGAGAGCAGGUGCCAGCAGGUGAAGACACAAUUUGGAGUUGGCGUGAGAUCUGGGGGAGGAAAUCACCUCUGGCUUCUUGAAGGAACCCCUUCUCUUCAGUCAUGUUGGGCUGCCUGCUGUCAGGAUUCGGCCUGCCAUGCCCUUUGGUGGUUAGAAGGGAUGUGCAUUCAGGCAGACUGCAGCAGGCCCCAGAGCUGCCAGCCUUUUAGGACAGAUUCUUCCAAUUCCAUGCUGGUGUUUUUAAAAAAAUCCCAAACUGCAGAUGAUUUGGGCUUUCCACCUGAAGAUGGUGUACCACAUAUUCUGGGACUAGAUUGGAGCAGGGCAUCUUGGAGGAGGCAGAGCCCUCCUAGAGCUCCACUCAGGCCUACUGUAUCUUCCAGUGACCAGCAGAACUUACUCAGGAAGCUUCGGAAGAGAGAGAGUCCUAGUGAAGAAAUUACACCUGUAGUGACACAGCAUUCUGACGUGAAUGACUCCAAGGAACUAGGUGAUCAGAAUAUCAAUGGCUCUGAAGAGGUCCACAAGGAAGUCACAAUUUCCAAUCCUCUAACCACAAAUCUGACUGAGGAAACUGCUGUUUGGUCAAAGAAUGUAUCAGUCCAACCUGAGGUGUCAGAGGAUCUGGGUACUACGCCUAGCACUCAGCAAGUAAAAAACCCUGGGAAAAUCCAGGUUGCUGCCCCUCUGCCAGUGGCUCCCUCCAACAGUUAUGCUACCCCCACCCCCCAGGCCUCUUUCCAGAGCACUUCAGCACCAUUCCCAGUUAUAAAGGAACUGGUGGUAUCUGCUGGAGAGAGUGUCCAGAUGACUCUGCCUAAGAAUGAAGUUCAAUUAAAUGCAUAUGUUCUCCAAGAACCACUUGAAGGAGAAACCUACACCUACGACUGGCAGCUGAUUACUCAUCCUAAAGACUACAGUGGAGAAAUGGAAGGGAAACAUUCUCGGAUCCUCAAACUAUCGAAGCUCACUCCAGGCUUGUAUGAAUUCAAAGUGAUUGUAGGUGGUCAGAGUAGCCAUGGGGAAGGCUAUGUGAACGUGACAGUAAAACCAGAGCCCCGUAAGAAUCGGCCUCCUGUUGCCGUUGUGUCACCACAGUUCCAGGAGAUUUCUCUGCCAACCACUUCUACAGUCAUUGAUGGCAGCCAAAGCACCGAUGAUGAUAAAAUCGUCCAGUACCAUUGGGAAGAACUUAAGGGACCUCUGAGAGAAGAAAAGAUUUCUGAAGACACGGCCAUAUUAAAACUAAGUAAGCUCGUCCCUGGGAACUACACUUUCAGCUUGACUGUAGUAGACUCUGAUGGAGCUACCAACUCCACUACUGCAAGCCUGACAGUGAACAAAGCUGUGGAUUACCCCCCUGUGGCCAACGCAGGCCCCAACCAAGUGAUCACCCUUCCCCAAAACUCCAUCACCCUCUUUGGGAACCAGAGCACUGAUGAUCAUGGCAUCUCCAGCUAUGAGUGGUCACUCAGCCCCAGCAGCAAAGGGAAGGUGGUGGAGAUGCAGGGUGUUAGAACACCAACCUUGCAGCUCUCUGCCAUGCAAGAAGGAGACUACACUUACCAGCUCACAGUGACUGACACAAUAGGACAGCAGGCCACUGCUCAAGUGACUGUUAUUGUGCAGCCUGAAAACAACAAGCCUCCGCAGGCAGAUGCAGGCCCAGAUAAAGAGCUGACCCUUCCCGUGGACAGCACGACCCUGGAUGGCAGUAGAAGCUCAGAUGAUCAGAAAAUUAUCUCAUAUCUCUGGGAAAAAACACAGGGACCCGAUGGGGUGCAGCUCGAGAAUGCUAACAGCAGCGUUGCCACUGUGACAGGGCUGCAAGUGGGAACCUACGUGUUCACCUUGACUGUCAAAGAUGAGAGGAACCUGCAAAGCCAGAGCUCUGUGAAUGUCAUUGUCAAAGAAGAAAUAAACAAACCGCCUGUAGCCAAGAUAACUGGGAAUGUGGUGAUAACCUUGCCCACGGACACAGCAGAAUUGGAUGGCUCCAAGUCCUCAGAUGACAAGGGAAUAGUCAGCUACCUCUGGACUCGAGAUGAGGGGAGCCCAGCAGCAGGGGAGGUGUUAAAUCACUCUGACCAUCGCCCUAUCCUCUUUCUUUCCAACCUGGUCGAGGGAACCUACACAUUUCACCUGAAAGUGACUGAUGUGAAGGGUGAGAGUGACACAGACCAGACCACUGUGGAGGUGAAACCUGAUCCCAGGAAAAACAACCUGGUGGAGAUCAUCUUGGAUGUCAACGUCAGCCAGCUAACUGAGAGGCUGAAGGGGAUGUUCAUCCGCCAGAUUGGGGUCCUCCUGGGGGUGCUGGAUUCCGACAUCAUUGUGCAAAAGAUUCAGCCGUACACGGAGCAGAGCACCAAGAUGGUAUUUUUUGUUCAAGACGAGCCUCCCCACCAGAUCUUCAAAGGCCAUGAGAUGGCAGUGAUGCUCAAGAGUGAGCUGAGGAAGCAAAAGGCAGACUUUCUGAUAUUCAGAGCCCUGGAAAUCAAUACCGUCACAUGCCAGUUGAACUGUUCUGACCAUGGCCACUGUGAUUCAUUCACCAAACGCUGUAUCUGUGACCCUUUUUGGAUGGAGAAUUUCAUCAAGGUGCAGCUGAGGGAUGGAGACAGCAACUGUGAGUGGAGCGUGUUGUAUGUUAUCAUUGCUUCCUUUGUCAUUGUUGUUGCCUUGGGAAUCCUGUUCUGGACUGUGGUCUGUUGUUGUAAGAGGCAAAAAGGAAAACCCAGGAGAAAAAGCAAGUACAAGAUCCUGGAUGCCACAGAUCAGGAAAGCCUGGAACUGAAGCCAACCUCCCGUGCAGGCAUCAAACAGAAAGGCCCAAUACUGAGCAGCAGCCUAAUGCACUCCGAGUCAGAGCUGGACAGCGAUGAUGCUAUCUUCACUUGGCCAGACCGAGAGAAGGGCAAAUUCCUGCAUGGUCAGAAUGGCUCCGUGCCCAAUGGGCAGACACCGCUUAAGGCCAGGAGCCCACGGGAGGAGAUCUUAUAGCCAGCCACCUGAUCUGUCUCCUCAGGGUAGGGGUGGCAGUGCCAGAGUCCAGAGCAUUGCCAGGCUGGUUCUUAUACCUCCCAUGUCAGUGGGCAGCUGUUCUCCCAGCAUCCACUGGUCACUCCCCGUAACAUGCCCAACCAGAGCUGCUGGUACUUGAAUCCAGACAUUCUCCGGGAACCCCUGAACAAAGCUGUGAACGAAGAGGUUUCCUCUUUAAACCCAUUGGUAGCCGCCCGCCCCAUAUCCUCACCUCAGGGCCACCUUUUUUGCAAACCUCUCUCCUGCUCCGUAGGUGGACACAGCCAGCUCCUGGCCUCCUUUCCAGCUCCCUGUUGGCAGUGUUGCUGCUCCCAGGGCACCUGCACAGCGAGACCUGGCUGUGUCUCCACUCCUGGGUACAGAACCAAGCACCACCAGCCUCCUGGCUCCAAGAGCCUGCUGGCAUGUUGUGAGGAAGUGCGCCCUCUCGCUUGAUCCAAAGGAAGUGGCGUCCCCUUCUCACCAUUGGUGCUGGACUGGUAGUGCAGAUAUGGUGUCUGGCCCGAGAUUUGGGAGGAACUGGCUGUUUCAGGAAUGGAGAGGGUCAGAGCAGCUAGGCUGGACACAGACUGCCUCCCCUCAUCAUCCUGACCAGCGCUGGCUGCUUCAGGGCUCAGGCCCCACUCCCUGUGCCCAGAGAGGAGAUAGCCACAAAAGGACUGGAAUGUGACGGCAUGAGAGCGCAUGUGUGCGACUGCCCCACUGCGGUCUCCUCAUAUGUCUGCGUGUCUUCUGUGUCCCUUGCAUGUGCGUGUGUGUGCUGGAAUGUGUGUGUGCGCGCAUCACCUCCUCAUAGGGCUCUUGGCUACUCACAAGGCAACCUUGACCUGGAAAGACUUUCAGCUCCUUGAAACAGACUUCCUGAAUCCCUCCAGACCUGUCACUGGUUCCUCAGCCAUGGUAUCUGGGUAUUGAGGAAUGGGAGCUUGGGGGAAUGACUUUAAAAAAAAAAACACAAAACUACAGUUUAUACUACUAUACUACUGUCUGUUGUGAGAUGAUUAAACAUGCUAUUUAAUUGUA